GACUCCUUCUGCGCCCCCCUUUUCACCUCCAAGUUAUACCCUUGUCACACCCCAGCCAUGUCCGCCGCGGAGAGUUUUGUCGACGUUCUCGUUAUCGGCGCGGGUCCCGCGGGGCUCAUGUGCGCCAACGCGCUCGCUCACGCAGGUGUCAACGUCAGAGUCGUCGAUAAGCGACCAGCCAAGGUAGCUGCAGGCCAGGCGGACGGCAUACAGCCAAGGACAAUCGAGGUCUUGCAGAGCUACGGCCUCGCCGAUCGCCUCAUUCGCGAAGGGAAUCAAAUGCACGUGGCCGCAUUCUACAACCCGAAUGAGAAAGGAGAGAUCGAGUGCACAGGUCGUGCACCGGAUGUGACAGCGCCGACUGCACGUUUCCCGUUUGAGAUAACUCUGCACCAGGGUGCUAUCGAGAGUAUAUUCUUGGAUUCGAUGAGAGAAAGGGGCGUUACUGUGGAGCGUCCGAUCGUGCCUUCUGCCCUGGUGUUUGACGAAUUGAAGCUGUCUGACCCCUCAGCAUAUGCUGUCAAGGUCACGUUACAGCACCUCGAGACGGAGGAGUCACCAAGCCGCGAGGAGAUCGUAAACGCCAAAUUCGUAGUAGGCGCAGACGGCGCCCACUCAUGGGUCCGCAAAACCCUAGACAUCUCCAUGGACGGCGAGCAAACAGACUACAUCUGGGGCGUCGUCGACAUGGUCCCGGACACCAACUUCCCCGACAUCCGCAACCGAACCGCGAUCCACUCCGUCAACGGCUCGUGCAUGGUCAUCCCGCGCGAGGGCGACAAGGUGCGGCUGUACAUCCAGCUCGCGGACCGCGAUGUGCUCGAUCCCGCUACGGGGCGCGUGGAUCGGGAGAGGAUGAGCCCUGAGAAGCUGAUGGCGGUCGCGAGGAAGACGUUUUUGCCGUACGUUCUUAAAGACCCGCAAGGGUUCGAUUGGUGGACGAUAUACAUCAUCGGGCAGCGCGUAGCGUCCAAGUUCUCCGUGCACGAGCGCGUCUUCAUCGCGGGCGACGCGUGCCACACCCACUCUCCCAAAGCAGGCCAAGGAAUGAACGCGAGCAUGAACGAUACACAUAAUCUAGCGUGGAAGAUUACUCACGUGCUGAGAGGAUGGGCGGACAUGGCGCUGUUGAAGACGUACGAGCUCGAGCGCCGGAAAUACGCACAGGAUCUCAUCGACUUCGACAAGAAGUUCUCCGCGCUGUUCUCUGGAAAGCCGAGGACGGACGCGGUCCAGGACGGGGUCACACACGAGCAGUUCUUGAGCGCAUUCCAGAUCUUCGGCGGCUUCACCUCAGGCAUCGGCGUGCACUACGCCCCCUCGCCGCUCGUCGACGCGCGGCACCAGGCGUGCGCGGUAGCAGCAGCGCACCUCGUCGUCGGACAGCGCAUGCCCCCGCACGUGUUCGUGCGCGCGGCGGACUCACGCCCCGUCGACAUCCAGGACAUGAUCCCCGCCGACGCGCGCUUCAAGGUGCUCGUGUUUGCGGGGCGUGUCGGCGCGCACGAGCCAACGGCGCCGGCGCCGGCGCGAUUGGAGAGGCUACGCGCGGUUGCGGGGGCGUUGGAGGGCCCGGGGAGCUUUUUGAGGAGGUGGUCGGGUGAGGCGUUUGAUGUGAUCACGAUUACGGCGGGCACGAACGGGCGCGCGGUGAACCUGUUUGAUCUGCCGGAGGUGCUGCGGUCGCAUUGGUCCAAGGUGCUGACGGACGACAUGGACGUGACGCGGACCCGCGGGGGCGGCGCGUACGAGCGGUUCGGGAUCGACCCGGACGAGGUGACGCUCGUGAUCGUGCGGCCGGACGGGUACGUCGGGAUGGUCGCGCCCGCAUCGCGCAUCGAGGACGUGAACGCGUACUUUGCGGGGUUCAUGCGCACGGCGGUGUCAACGUGGCUAGGAAGAGUAUAUCCAGAUGAUUGCGCAGCCUCCGCACUAUCAAUCGGCACCCUCCUCGGCCCACUGGCACCCUUGAGCGACGGAAGCCUACUGACCGCCGCUCCCGCCGUGGACCUCGCCAUCGUGCUGUUCUUCAACGAGGCAGUGGCAGGCCUCGCAGAAGAGGAGGUCCCCUUGGACUUGACCUUCGCCGCGGCAGCUGCCGCAUCCACACCGGCCGCCUUGCUCGUGGCCGCCUUCGCCCUGUUCUCCUUCUCCGCGCGCAGCCUCGUCGUCGUGACAGCGCCGGCGCCGACGCUGGCCUUCAUCGAUAUCGCGGGCGCGGCGAGCUUAGUGCUCGCCUUUGCUCUGUCCUUCUCCUUCUCCGCCGCUGGUGCCGGUGCCGGUGCCGGUGCCGUCUUCUUAUCCCCCGACGAAACAGCCCUCUUCACCCGUGGCACAGGCACAGCAAACGACAUAUCACGAGCGGAGGACCUCUCAACGAAGCUAAGGACUUUGACAUACGACCAUGAACGCCUCACGUCCAUGCACCGCUCUGCCAAGGAGCAGGCAGCCAACGCAGAGCGCGAGAUGAACGUCCACAAGUCCCGUCUUGCCACAACCACACGCACCCUCCACACCGCCGAAUCCGCACACAAACACACCACCGCCGAGCUCCAGCGCACACGCACCUCCAUACAGGCCCUGCGCGCGAGCCACACCAGCGAGCUCAAGAAGAAAGAGCGCGACGUCGAGCGCAUGACCGAGAAGUGGACCAAGCUCGCCGAGGCCCAGUCCAAGCUCUCGGCCUCGAGCGCCGCCAGCGGCAUGACGAUCCGCGGCGCGAACGCGGACGUCGUCACCGGCUCGGAGGUGCUGUGGCAGGGGCGGACGGUGGACGAGGAGGCGCUCGAGCAGGCGGAGCAGGCGCGGGCGCAGCUGUAUGAGGAGAACGGGCGGCUGAGGCGGCUGGUGAUCUCGUCUGCGAAUGAGCUGCAGAGGGUGGUGUGGAGUGCGAGGAGCCUGACUUGUGAUGCUGAGGAAGAGCCUCAGCCGCUUACGUCGGUCGAGCUUUUCCCGAUUGCGCCUGUUGGUGCUGCGAACGACAGGUUCGCGGCUAUGUUCACUACGCUUGAGGAUACGCUUGCCUAUCUCCCCGAGCGGCUGGCCAACGGCGAACUGGCAACGCGGUCCAUGAAAGCCAGCAAAUCUGGCGAGGAACAACUGUUGCCCAAGGCCAACCUCGAAGCUGAACGCUUACAAGGCGUCAUUGAUUCAUUGCAAGCCGAGCUAGACGAGACAAGAAAGCUCCACCAGGCACAAGCAGCGGAGACGCAGGAGCUGUACGAGCAGCUCAGCGCGCAACAAGUCCAGCAUGACGGGGACAUCAACGCCGGCGCAGACGAGGCGCGAGAGGAUCUCGCGGGCCUGCGCGUUCAGAUCGAGGAGGAGCGUCGGAAGCUCGCGAAGGAGAAGGCUGCGUUUGAGACCGACCGCAUCAGACUACGCGACGAAAAACGCUCGUUCCAAGCCGACCAGAUGCUCUCCCCUCCUCCGCAACCCGCACCCGUUCUUGCCCCCGCAGCGAGCACAUCGCGUCGCCACGCCCCCGUCCCCAAACCCGCGCUGGCGUCUCCACACGCUAAGAGCCCCCCGCGCAAGUCCAAGCCACCCGCUAUCGCCGUCGGAGUGGCCAAGGCCAAGGCUAAGCCCGGACUGGGCGCGCGGGGCAGCAAGAGGACUGUGGGACGGCGCUCGUCUGCGGCGUUCAACGCCCAUGCCAAUGCUAGCAUCAGUAGCAGACACGAGCCGGCGUAUGAGACGGAGGUCAUUCCCGAGACCAUCUCUGCCGCCGCCUUGGCGGGCGCGGAUGGAGUAAGCGCAGGAGCAGGAGCACUUGGGCUGGGCGCACCAGCGUUCGAGCUGCCCAAGCGCCGCGAGUCGAUUCUUCCAACGAGCUUCGUGCUUCCGCCGCCGUCGCCACGGACGUCGCUCCCGCCCGCGAACUCGAUUCCGUUCUCUCUCCUACCACCGGAGACGCCGCUCGCUGGGUAUGGCGAUGAGGAUGACGAAGGAACGACACCGUCAACAGUGGGCCCUGUGCCCGCUCCCGGAGCUACCGACUCGGAUGGCGAUGGAUACACCCCUCCCUCUGCCCCCCAGGUCCAAGUCACAGCUGCCCCUGAACCCGAUCCCGCGCCCUCGGCACUCGCCCCACCAGCUCAGACCCCCGCCCGCCCGUUCCCCCGCGCACGCACGCUCGCACCGCACAUGACACACGCGUACUCCCCCGCGAAACCGAGCCCGCUCAGCCGCAUCCUCAUGCUCGCGCGCGACUCGCCCGAGAGCCCCGAGGAGACGCAGAAGCAGGUUCUGGCGGCGUCGCGCGCGAUGGGUCUCGCUGCCGGCGGGGCUGGGCAGCACGCCUGUGCGGAGGGAGAGCGCUCGCCGGAGGGGAUCAGUACGCCUAUUGUGUUGCCGCGGCUGGGCGGUGGUCACGCAGGGGAGCGGGAGGAGGAGAGUCCGUUGAGGGAGAAGAGGGCUGAGGCGAAUGUUGUCGCCGUGCCAGGCUAG